AUGGCAGGUGCUGCAGAACGGGUGUCGUUAGAUUUGACCCAUGUCGUCUACGACGGGUCCUCGCAUACCUCGCUCGUGCUUGCACUGCUCACACUCAGUCCCAUUCUUCUCAUGCCAGCCUACGCUGCUCUUGCCGUGCAAACACGUGAACUCACGAUCAUCAACAUGUGGGCGGGCCAAUUCUUUUCGGAGGGAUUGAACAUAGUCCUGAAGCGCGUAUUCAAAGAAGAUCGCCCUCCAGACAGCAGAUUACAUCUCAAUGGGUACGGAUUCCCGUCAUCACAUAGUCAGUACAUGGGCUAUUUCGGCGCGUUUUUAAUAUGCCACCUGUACUUCCGCCACCGGUUCGCAUCCACAGGUAACGCUGUGCUAGACCAAUCAUUUCGACUUGUUGUCUAUGUAGUGAUCGCGUCUUGGGUGGCGCUCGUUGCGUAUUCGAGAUUCAAUCUGCUUUACCACACACCCAACCAGGUUGCCUGGGGACUAGCGAUCGGGGCACUCCUUGGUAUUAUCCAUUAUAUUGCCACAGAGCUUUUGCCGUACAGGCGACCCCUCUCGGUGUUUGGCCGAACUCGAACGGCUAUCCUUACCCAUCCUCUCACCAACUGGGUACAGAUCAGGGAUGGCUGGGCCAUCUGGCCGGAUGGAGGGAGAGAAAUAGAGUGGAAGCGCUGGAAAGGCAUGCAUGAGCAACGCCAAGCUAGCUUCUAUCAGAAGCGUACAAAUUAA